UCGGGCGGGUUGUUGGCUUUGGUUUGACGUUUCUUUUCGAUGGAUUCUCCAGUCGAUUCGAGUACGCCAAAAAGCUCUACCAAACGGGCCAUCAAUGACCUCCAGCUCCCACUAGCUGGAGGUAGUAACUGUAUCAAGAAAAAGAAGACAGCGACGGUGCCAGAACAGUUGAACAUAUCAAAUCGAUCGUCGCCUGUUGAUCUUGAUUCGAAUGUCAGUUCAUCCCGUCGUUCUGUGCUUAAGAAACUGUCUCAGCCGAAGAAAACGGCAACAGCGCGUCAGGGCACGGAUUGGAUGUAUGUUAACCACGAGGAUACUCCACAACUGAGUGAUCGUCCUGUUCCACGUAGACGAGAUGAUGGAGGUGAGCCAUCAUACCAGCGGAGUACAAAUCUCCUUAUAAGGAAGAUGCCAUUCUGUCAAUAUAUCCGUUAUAUUAUUGCGACGUCACUUGAUCAGAGAUACUUAACGUUUCAUUGGCAAGCCAUUUGCUUUCUGGCGUUACAAGAAGCCGCUGAAGCAUUCCUCGUAAGCUUGUUUGAGUCGGCUCAACAAUGUGAAAUUCACGCUGAACGUGUUACAGGGAUUCCUAGAGAUAUCAGGUUUUACAUUCCAAUUGGCCCAAGUGAUCAACAAUUGCAACAAUUGAGAACGAUGACGACUAGUAGUCGGCCUAUGUUAACGGCAGCACCCGGUCCAUCGAAUAGUACGCAUCGGAAUAAUAACAAUGAUAAUAAUAAUAAUAAUAAUAAUA